AUGAAUGUUCUUAUAAUUAUCGAUUACAUAGUAGUGACGAUGAUAUCUGCCUUUUUGGACCAUAAACAAUUGAUACUGAUCCUAUUUCAUUUACAACCGGAUGUAUAGGACUUAUUUAGAAUUGUUAAACUUGUAUUAAAGGUCAAGUAAGUACAAAAGUAUCUUACUUAUGCCUAAUUUGUAACAAUGGUUAUUAUUCGGAAAGAAUGA